AUUUUGGAGCAAAUUUAGUGGGAACAAUCACUUUUGUCUUCUACAAUACAGCUUUUCCCCUCACCGAAAACAAAAGGAAAUACUGUGUGUUGACUAAACCUAAUCUGGAACCUUCCUGAAAGAAAAGUUCAGAACAUGGAGAAUUACGACGUGAAGUUUCUCUGCAGCUAUGGCGGCGAGAUCCACCACCGCCCCAACAAGAAGAUCUCCUACGUCGGCGGCCACAACAAGCUCCACUACGUUAACCGUGGAAUCGACUUGACCGCCAUGCUCGCCGAACUCUCCACCCUCUUUGACGCCGCCGGUGACAUCCACUUCAAGUAUCAGCUCCCCGGCGAUGACUUCGACGCCCUAAUAUCCGUCACCAGCGACAGCGACCUAAACAGCCUGAUGCUUGAGUAUGAUAACCUCUACAGAGAUUCCGCUAAAACCGCUCGGAUGAGAUUAUUCAUCUUCCCUGGUAACGGUCCUGAUUCCGCGUCCACCCAACCCUUCCCAGCUAAACUGAACUCCAAAGUCAACGGCGGUGCUGUUGUUCCUCCGCAAAUUACGCCGGUGAAGUUCCAAGAUCUGCCACCGGUUAACAAUUUUAAUACCUCAGACCGGGUGUUGGAUUCGGAUCCAAAAGUGAAUCGACCGGUCGAAGAUUCCGGUUCUUCCCGUUUGAAUAGUCCGUUACCUGCUUUACAGUAUGAUGUUUUCAUCAGCUUCAGAGGUGAGGAUACACGCGCAAGCUUCACUUCCCAUCUUUUCAAAUCUCUGACCCGAAAGCAGAUAGUUACAUACACUGAUGACUUGCUUCACGAAGGAGAUUCGAUCAUGUCCCUCCUCAGAGCAAUUGAAGAGUCUUGCCUUUCGCUUGUUGUAUUCUCAGAGAACUAUGCAUCCUCAAAGUGGUGCUUGCAAGAACUGGUUAAAAUAAUGGAGUGCAAGAAAGAAUAUGGACGGCUUGUUAUACCUGUCUUCUACAACGUUGAUCCAUCACAUGUAAGGUAUCAGCUAGGAAGUUACAGUGAAGCGUUUAAAAAACACUUGCAGAAAAACAAGAAGGCUGAGGUUCAGAAGUGGAGGGAAGCUCUCACUGCAGCAGCAAAUUUAGAAGGCUUGGACUCCCGUUCUUAUAGGGACGAAAUUGAAUUCAUUCAGAAUAUUGUCAAAGAUGUUUUGCAGAAGCUGAUUGACCAUAACCCACCCAAUGAUAGUAAAAGUCUCGUUGGCAUUGGUGAAAAUCUUGAAAAUGUAAAAUCACUAUUAAGUGAAUCUGUUGAAGUCAGAAUGAUUGGAAUUUGUGGCAUGGGGGGUAUAGGAAAAACAACUCUAGCAAGACUUAUAUUUGAGAAAUAUUCUUAUAAGUUUGAAGGCUCCUGCUUCUUAGAAAAUGUACGGAAAAGAUCAGGAAAGUCCGGGUUAACUGAGUUAGUUCGUCGACUUUACUUGGAGCUCUUACAGGGAAAAUUUUGGCAAAAUAACACAGGAAAAUCCACUUUUGUUGAGGACAGGUUAAGCAAACAAAGAAAUUUCAUAGUUCUUGAUGAUGUGAGUAGUUUAGAGCAAUUAAAUUACCUGGUUCGGAAGCUUCAAUGCUGUGGCGCAGGUAGUAAGAUCAUUAUCACAGCUAGAGACAAAAAUGUGCUGGUUCCAACGGUUGAAACAAUAUAUGAGAUGAAGAUGUUAGAUUCUCAUGAAUCAUUUAAACUGUUUAGUUUGAAUGCAUUCAAUGAAGACUGUCCACAAAUUGGAUAUGAGGAGCUAUCAUGGAAAGCGGUUGGCUGUUGCAAAGGCAUCCCACUAGCCUUAAUAGUAUUGGGUUCUUUUCUCCAUUCAAAGAGUAAAACUGAUUGGCAUAGUGCAUUGCAAAAGCUUGAGAAGACACCAGAUCCAGAAAUUCAGAAUAUUUUAAGAUUGAGUUAUGAUGGAUUAGAUGAUGAGGCUAAACAAAUUUUUCUAGACAUCGCAUGUUUUUUUAAGGGAGAGCUUGUAGAAUACGUAGUUAAUCUGUUAGACAGUUGUGGCUUCUAUGCAGCUAUUGGCAUGAGAUCCCUUCUUGAUAGAGCUUUAAUAGCUAUAUCUCAUAAUUGUGUGCGGAUGCAUGACUUGAUCCAAGAAUUAGGUUGGGAUAUCGUUUGUCAACAAUCUAGUGGAAAUGCUGAAAAUCGUAGCCACUUGUGGGAUUCUAAUGAUAUUUGGGAUGUUUUGGGAAACAACAAAGGAACUGAUUCUAUUGAAAGCAUAGUAUUGGAUAUGUCUCAAAUAGAAGAUCUACAGUUGAAUGCUGAUACAUUCAAAAAGAUGCCUAAGUUAAGAUUUCUCAAAUUAUAUAUCCCAUCGGAAAAUGAUGGCAGAUUAAAUAAACUGCAUCUUCCCGUAGGACUAAAGCCAUUUCCUUCUAAAUUAAGAUACUUGGAGUGGGAUGCCUACCCUUUGCCAUCUCUGCCAUCGAAUUUUUGUCCUGAGAAGCUUGUUACUCUUCGCAUCCGGAACAGUAAACUUAAAAGACUUUGGGAUGGGGUUCAGAAUCUUGUUAAUUUAGAGGAAGUAGAUCUAACAGAUUCCCGAAAGUUGGUGGAGCUUCCGGAUUUCUCCAAGGCAGAUAAUCUCAAAAGUGUACAUCUGUCUGGCUGUCGAAGUUUGCGUCAUGUCCAUCCAUCUCUUUUAUCACUUGGAAAACUUGAACUUUUAGAUCUUCUGAACUGUGCAAAACUUGAGAUGCUUGAAACUAAGAUGCAUUCAAAAUCUCUUAAGCACCUCUCUAUCAAGAGCCACACAAGUUUAAUCCCACCCUAUGUCAGUCACUUAUCAUCUUUACGGAAAUUACUUCUAGAUGGAAGCCCUGUGGAGACAUUGCCGGUGAGCAUCAAGCACCUUACGGGGCUGAAAACACUGUCACUAAAAGGGUGUAAGAUGCUUCAACAUUUGCCAGAGCUUCCAUCAUCCAUUCGUCAUUUGACUGCUCUGGACUGCAUAAUGCUGCAAACUGUGACAUUCAGUUCAAAUAUUCCUAGACUACAAGAAGAAAAACGCAUAAACAUCUCGUUCCAGAAUUGCAUGAAGUUGGAUGUGGCGAAUUGUAUUUAUUGGUACCUUAAAGAUAUAAGGAAACUUGCUUACGUGUGUGAAUCCAGAAGAGGAGGAAAAGGAGUAGUUCGGAGAAGUGAUUUCUUCAAGAUUUGUUAUCCCGACUACAGAGUACCAGAGUGGUUCAUGCAUCGGACAAAGGGUACUUCCAUAACUUUUGAAGUUUCUUCACCUUCCAGUUAUGGUUUUAGUUCCCUUCUCUGCGUUGUUCUCCCUAAGUAUAGUUUGGAUUAUGAACUUGAUAUUAAAUGCCGUUGCUACUUGGAAGAUGGUAGUAACAUGCACAAAUAUUCAUUUGGCAUAUUAUUUCUAAAUCACAUUCCGGCAGAAGGGUGUUCUGAUCAUGUUUAUAUGGCAUAUAAUUAUGGAGGCAUCUUUGAUGUAAUCAAGCUGGACAGAUUGAAGAAUAAGAUUGCGUCUUCCGGGCAAAACCCGAAAGUCACAUUUGAAUUCUUUGUCAGUAGUGGCGAUACUGGAAGUAAACAAGAUGAUAACUUGUUGAUCAAAGAGUGUGGUGUCUAUCCACUAAAUGACUCCAAUUUUAGAACUGAAUAGACGCUACUAUUUUGGAGUUGGGCAUGGAAAACAAGGCAUUGGGAUGCUGGAUUUUGUAGCACAUGGAACCAUGAUGUUGGAGUUGGAAGCUCCCGGGCCCCAGCUAAAACUCGUAUUCCAGAAAUCACAGUGAGAGGCUGAGGCUGAGAGCAAUAGCCAAUAAAGCAUCGAGCUUCUUGCCUUCUUCUUCUCCAACACCUACUCGUUCUUGCCACCGUCCUCCGUCCGAGAGCAGCUGAGCAGCGCUUCGCCGUCAACGUCCUCUGUCCGAGUGCAGAACCUAGCCUCCGUCUUCCGUCCUCCUUCCUUCGUCGCUGUGUAUCUGUCACCGUCGCCGUGAGUCCAUCGCCGUACCCUUCGUCUGAGAGCAGCUGAGCAGAACUUUGCCACCGUCAUCCUCCGUCCAAGCGCAGAACUUACCCGACGUCCUCUGUCCUCCGUCCUCCGUCCUUCGUCGCCGUGAGUCUGUCGCCGUUGCCUUGUUUUGGAGAAUGAGCUGUAUUCCUUUUCAAAGAAACAAAGUGGUUUUUGAAGAGUCAAUGAAGUUUGUUUCUACUGGAAGUUACUAUUUGGAAGUUACUAUUUGCAUCGAAAUCGACCCUCGUCCAGUCGUCCGCGCCUUUCCUGGUCCCAAAACGCACCACCUCCACCAGAUUCUCCCCGCAUAGCAUCAGUACAGUUCUUGCCCCUAUCCCAGCCUUUCUUUUCUUUUUGAAUGAUUUGAUAUGUUUAAUCUCUGGCUAAUUUUGGAUGUCAUGCGAAUAGACAAAGAAGAAGUUCUUUUGAUGGUACUGCAAAUUGUUUUCUGUUGAAUUUGGCUGAAAGGAUUCUCUGAAAGUUUGGAAACUCAGUUCUAUAAACUACCGGGUUGGUGUGUGUAAUCUACUAAUCUUAUUUUGCAUAUUCCAAAUUGUGUGUCUCUUGAUUUAUCCUAGGGGAUCCCCCAAAAUUUGAAAGUUACCUCAGUAAUUAUUUGGAUGAUAUUUAUGGUCAUAAUUACAGUGAGAAAUGAGAAAUAGGUAUACUAAAAUUCUAUAUGUUGAUUUAUCCCUACGUCAGAAAUUUUAGUUCAAAAACUAUCUUGUAGUAUCUGUUUGAAGAAAUUAUGAGAGAUCUUAUGUGAAAGAGAAUGUUUUGAUACAGUUUUCAUCUGAGAUAUUAUUCAGUUGAGACAGAUGUCCUGUUAUAGGAAAAACUAGAUUCUUAACUUCGGCACAAUGCAGCGCACACUAUCUUUCUUCUUGUCUUUUGAUUAUGAUUUUCAUCAAUGUCUUCCUAAACGGGUGAUCAGUUCGUUUGUUAUUUUCUGGAUAAAAUCAUCUGUGCAUAGAUACUUGUUUCCCCUUUUUUCCAUGAUAUAUAUAUGUAUGUGGAUAAUUUAUUGUGCACUUUUGUGCCUUGAUUUUCUCAUGACAUGAAAUUAUAUUUCAAUCGGCAGUUUGUUUGAUUAGUAUGCUUCAUCUACAUGCUGAAUCAUGAGCAACUGUUACUUAGUUUUGAAAAAUUGUGCAUUCUGAUUUUGAGGUGUUUCUUAUUUUCGGUAUGUAAAUUAAAAAUUCCAAUUAUUGUACACUUAAAAUUGGUUUGAUUGCCUUUUCACUAAUUUGCUUCUUUUUUUUCUUUUUAAAUUUGUAGGAAAAGUACUUUUAUGGUAAUUUUUUUCAUAGUACCAAUUAAUU